AGAAGGAAAGGGAGAGGGAAGAAGGGAGGGAAAGUGGUGUUCUGUGGAAAGGGGCGGAAGGAGGGGAAGGCAAAAGAGAAAAGGGAACAGAAACAUGGCGGUCUGCGGUCGGGACAGGCUCGCCGCCGGCAGCGCCUAGACGUCGGUCCUCCCGCAGCGCCCGCGCGCGGCCCGCGAGCCCCUCGGCCGGCAGUUGCCCUCGCUGCAGGCGGUGCCCCUCGAGACCCGGCCGCGCGGAGGCGCAGGCGCAGAGGGGCCGCUGGAGUCCCGGCCCUGCGUGCCGAGCGAGGGUGCCCAGGCCGCGUAGCCGGCGCUUUCUCGCCCCAGGAAGCUGCAGUGUCCGGCCAUCGCAGGUAGCAGAACAGCAGUCAUGAUAGAAGACAAAGGACCAAGAGUGACAGACUACUUUGUUGUGGCAGGUCUCACUGAUACGUCAACUCUUUUGGAUCAAGAAAUAAAUCGUAUAGAUACUAAAUCAACUGGCCCUAAAGCUCCAAUCACAGACAUUGCAGUGAUUAUCAAAUCGGCUGGGGAAGCUGUACCCGAAGGAUACACCUGUGUUGAAGCCACUCCAUCAGCACUCCAGGCCAAUCUGAACUAUGGAAGUCUGAAAAGCCCAGAGCUUUUUCUGUGUUAUAAGAGAGGGAGAGAUAAACCGCCCCUUACAGAUAUUGGAGUGCUAUAUGAAGGGAAAGAAAGGCUUAUUCCAGGAUGCGAAGUUAUCCAAGCCACGCCCUAUGGUCGCUGUGCCAAUGUCAACAAUAGUUCAACUACUUCUCAAAGAAUCUUUAUCACCUAUCGCAGGGCUCCUCCAGCUCGGUCCCAGAAUUCCUUGGCUGUAACUGACAUCUGUGUUAUUAUAACUAGUAAAGGGGAAACCCCUCCUCACACUUUCUGCAAAGUUGAUAAGAACUUAAAUUGUGGCAUGUGGGGUUCCAAUGUGUUUCUGUGUUAUAAGAAGUCUGUGCCUGCUUCAAAUGCAAUAGCAUAUAAGGCUGGUUUGAUUUUUCGGUAUCCGGAAGAAGAUUAUGAGUCUUUCCCUCUCUCAGAAUCCGUGCCUCUCUUCUGCCUUCCUAUGGGAGCCACUAUUGAGUGCUGGGAUCCUCAAACCAAAUAUCCACUUCCCGUCUUCUCAACAUUUGUCUUGACAGGUUCUUCAGCUGAAAAGGUAUAUGGAGCUGCUAUCCAGUUUUAUGAACCUUAUCCUCGAGAACUUCUAACAGAGAAACAACUUAUGCAGCUGGGCCUGUUGACCCCUGUGGAGAGAAAAGUGGUCUCCAAACCCAUCAAUUCAAACAAGUGCAUUUGUUUGCUUUCACACUGGCCUUUCUUUGAUGCUUUUAAGAAAUUUCUUAUGUUUAUCUACAAAGUUUCUGUGUCUGGACCACAUCCUCUUCCCAUUGAAAAGCACAUCUCACACUUUAUGCAAAACAUCCCUUUUCCUUCACCACAAAGACCAAGAAUCCUUGUACAGCUGUCAGUCCAUGAUGCGUUAAUAUUAUCACAACCUGUUUCCACACCUUUACCACUGAGUGGAGCCAACUUUAGUACCUUACUGAUGAAUUUGGGUCCCGAGAAUUGUGCAACAUUGCUGCUGCUGGUUUUGCUUGAGAGUAAAAUUCUGCUGCAUUCUCUUAGGCCAGCUGUCCUGACUGGGGUAGCUGAGGCUGUUGUUGCUAUGAUCUUCCCAUUUCAGUGGCAGUGCCCAUAUAUCCCCCUUUGUCCUCUUUCACUGGCUGGAGUGCUUAGCGCACCUUUACCAUUUAUAGUUGGAGUGGACUCGAGGUACUUUGAUCUGCAUGACCCACCACAAGAUGUUGUUUGCAUUGACUUGGAUACGAACAUGAUAUAUGUAUCUGAUGAAAAGAAGAACAUAAACUGGAAGCAGCUUCCCAAAAAGCCAUGCAAAAGUCUGCUUGGGACCUUGAGGAGGCUGUAUCCCCAGCUCUGCUCAGUUCACCGAAAAACUCAGGAAAGUUCAGCCAUUGAGAUGACUCCAAUUGAAGCAGAUUUCUCUUGGCAAAAAAAGAUGACACAGCUUGAGAUGGAAAUCCAAGAGACGUUUUUGCGAUUUAUGGCAUCUGUUUUAAAAGGGUAUAGGUCGUAUCUGAGACCAAUCACAGAAGCGCCUUCAAAUAAAGCCACAGCUGUGGAUUCAUUGUUUGAUCGACAGGGUUUUUUAAAAAGUCGGGAUCGAGCCUAUACAAAAUUCUAUACCCUUUUAUCCAAAACACAGAUUUUUAUUCGUUUCAUUGAAGAAUGCAGUUUUGUAAGUGAUAAAGAUACUGGAUUGGCAUUUUUUGAUGACUGCAUUGAGAAGUUGUUUCCAGAUAAAGGCAUAGAGAAAACAGACAAGGUUGACUUGGAUUCAGCAGAAGACACCAAAUUGAUAGAGCUAGAUGAUUCACAGAAGAGUGAGCACACUGUGUUUAUUAUGCCACCUGAGCCACCUCCUGAUGAUGGAAGUAACUUGUCACCUCAGUACAGUUACACGUGCUUUCCAAUGUUGGAUCCUAAGCUUUUUGACAGCCCACAGGAGCUGAAACUGUGCUUCAGUAGACAUCCUCCUGGGAAUAGCAUUACAAACAGCCCUGCUCUCAUGGCUAAAAGAACCAAACAGGAGAUAAAAACAGCUCAUAAGUUGGCGAAGAGAUGUUAUAUGAAUCCACCACAAUGGGCCAAGUGUCUCUUCAGUCACUGUUACAGCUUGUGGUUCAUCUGUCUCCCAGCCUAUGUUAGAGUUUCUCACCCCAAGGUCAGAGCGCUCCAACAAGCAUAUGAUGUACUUAUUAAAAUGAGGAAGACAGAUGUGGAUCCACUAGAUGAGGUGUGCUAUCGGGUAGUGAUGCAGCUCUGCGGACUUUGGGUUCAUCCUGUCUUAGCAGUGAGAGUCUUAUUCGAAAUGAAAACUGCUAGAAUAAAACCAAACGCUAUUACUUACGGCUAUUAUAAUAAGGUAGUUUUGGAGAGCCCAUGGCCCAGCAGUACUCGGAGUGGUAUUUUCUUAUGGACGAAAGUACGGAAUGUCGUACAUGGUUUGGCCCAAUUUAGGCAGCCACUUAAAAAGACUGGGCAAAAAUCACUGGUCUUUUCAAUAUCAGCUCCUCAGAAGGCUGCAGGCGGAAGUGAUGGGGACUCCGUGAGCCAUGGGAGUGUGGACAGUUCUAACGAUGCUAACAGUGGGGAGCACACAGUCUUCGUCAGAGACUUAAUCAGCCUUGAUUCCACUGAUAAUCACUCGAGCACAGGCGGUCAAUCUGACCAAGGCUAUGGGUCCAAGGAUGAGUUAGUAAAGGAGGAUGCCGAAGUUCAUGCACCUGAGGAGCCUGUGCCACAAGACCUGACUGCCACGGAGCUGCACAUUGAAGAGGUGUGUGAUGUGUCUGCUAUUGCCUCAAAACAAUCGCAACCUAGUCCAGAACCUCAGAGUCCUACUGAAGCUCCUGCAUGGGGCAGCAGUAUUGUGAAAGUUCCAUCUGGGUUCUUUGACACCAGCAAUAGGACAAGUAGUACUGGUAGUCCAUCAAAUGUGCUGUUUUCUACUCAAGCUCCAGCUGAAGAUGCAGUCUUCGGUGAGAUUGCUAAUUUUAAGAACGGUGAGAGAGGAGAAAAGAGACAGAAGCAUUUCUCAGAGAGGAGCUGUAGCUUUAGUUCUGAAAGUCGAGCAGGGAUGCUGCGUAAGAAGAGCAGUUUGGAUCUGAAUUCAAGUGAAAUGGCUAUCAUGAUGGGAGCAGAUGCCAAGAUCCUCACAGCAGCACUGACCUGUCCUAACACUUGUCCACUUCAUGUCUCAAGAACUCAUAGCUUUGAGACUGUUAACUGCCGUCCAGCUGAUACUAGGACUCGAAUGUUGGAAGGCACUUGGGAUUCUGAGCACAGAACAUCUCCUGUUUUAGAGAUGUUAGAGGAAAGCCAAGAGCCCCUGGAAACUGUGGUUGGUGAUAAUGUCGCAGAGACUACAGCAAAGGAUACAUGUGACAGUCUACAGAAUGAUAGAAACAAUAUCCAGUCCAGAGACAGGAAAGCAAGAUCCCAAGAUACCAUGAAUAAGAGAAGUAGUUCAUAUGGUGUUGGGAAAGCCGUUGAGAGGGAAGAUGUUGAAACUGGACUAGAUCCUUUGUCUCUUUUAGCCACUGAAUGCGUAGAAAAAACUUCUGAUUCUGAAGAUAAGUUUUCUCCAGUAAUUUCACGUAAUCUGGCUGAUGAAAUUGAAAGUUACAUGAACCUAAAAAGUCCUCUGGGUAGUAAAUCUUCUAGUAUGGAAUUGCAUGGAGAGGGAAACCAAGAGUCUGGCUCCGCUGCUUCAUUUGCUCACCCUUUAGAAAGGAGAUCGAGUCUACCUUUAGAACACGGUCCACCAUCCCAAGACAGUCCAGACAUUGAGAAGAGCUCCCCUGCAGUGUCCAGGUCUAAAACCUUGACUGGGCGUUUCAAGCCGCAGACUCCUUACCGCACUUACAAAGAUCGGCCCACUUCUUUAUCAGCAUUAGUGCGUUCUUCACCAACUAGCCCUCUGGGUUCUGUAGUAAAUUCCUUAUCAGGGCUAAAGUUGGACAAUAUACUAUCAGGGCCCAAGAUAGAUGUCUUAAAAUCUAGUAUGAAACAAGCAGCAACAGUAGCCAGUAAGAUGUGGGUGGCUGUCGCAUCUGCCUACAGCUACUCAGACGACGAGGAAGAAACUAAUAAAGAUUAUAGUUUCCCUGCCGGCCUAGAAGAUCAUCUCCUUGGGGAGAAUGUGCUGCCUAAUGCCAGCGUCUCAGGGCUGGUUCCCAGUGAACUCACCCAGAGCAGCACAAGCCUUGGCAGUAGUAGCAGCAGUGGAGAUGUUGGGAAGCUUCAGUGUCCAGCAGGUGAAGUUCCAUUUUCAAGAACCAUCAAAGGGCAGGACUUUGAAAAAUCAGAACAUGGUUCUUCACAGAAUACCAGUAUGUCUAGCAUCUAUCAAAAUUGUGCAAUGGAGGUUUUGAUGUCAAGCUGCUCACAGUGCAGAGCUUGUGGAGCUCUGGUUUAUGAUGAAGAAAUCAUGGCUGGAUGGACCGCAGAUGAUUCGAAUUUGAAUACAACCUGUCCAUUUUGUAAAAGCAACUUCUUGCCUCUUCUCAAUGUAGAAUUUAAAGACCUAAGAGGCUCUGCCAGCUUUUUCUUGAAACCAAGUACGUCUGGUGACAGUUUACAAAGUGGCAGCAUCCCAUCAGGAAACGAGCCCUCGGACCAUAAACCCCUGUCCAGUUCAGCAGAACCUGACUUGAUCAGCUUUAUGGACUUCUCGAAACACAACCAGACUAUAAUAGAAGAAGUGAACUAUACAGUCGAAUCAAGUGAUGAAAUAAAGAAAGCCAGUGUUGAUGUCCAAAGUGUGAAAAUGUCAUCUGUGCCUAAUAGUGUGUCUAAACGAAAUGUAUCUUUGACCCGAAGUCAUAGUGUUGGAGGUCCUUUGCAAAAUAUUGACUUCUCCCAGCGACCCUUUCAUGGCAUUUCAACAGUUAGUCUUCCUAAUAGUCUGCAGGAAGAUGUGGACCAUCUAGGAAAAAGACCGAAUCCUCCCCCUGUGUCUGUGCCCUAUUUGAGUCCUCUAGUGCUUCGGAAGGAACUUGAGUCUUUGCUGGAAAAUGAGGGCGAUCAGGUCAUUCACACAUCCUCUUUCAUCAAUCAGCAUCCAAUCAUUUUCUGGAAUCUGGUCUGGUAUUUCAGACGUUUGGAUCUUCCCAGCAACUUGCCAGGACUUAUCCUCACAUCUGAGCAUUGUAAUGAAGGUGUGCAGCUUCCUCUGUCAUCUUUGUCCCAGGACAGCAAACUUGUGUAUAUACAACUGUUAUGGGAUAAUAUCAACCUUCAUCAGGAACCAGGAGAACCUCUGUAUGUCUCAUGGAGGAACUUAAAUUCUGAGAAGAAACUGUCGUUUUCAUCAGAGGAGCAGCAGGCAACCAGCGCUUUAGUUGAGACUAUCAGACAGAGUAUUCAGCAGAAUGACGUUCUUAAGCCCAUCAAUCUGCUUUCCCAGAACAUGAAACCAGACGUGAAGAGACAAAGGAGUUUAUACAGAGAAAUCCUUUUCUUAUCAUUAGUGUCUCUUGGAAGAGAAAAUAUUGAUAUUGAGGCGUUUGACAAUGAAUAUGGACUUGCAUACAGAAGUCUGUCUUCAGAGAUUCUUGAAAAGUUAGAUAACAUCGACGCCCCACCAAGUGUCAGUGUGGAGUGGUGCAGGAAGUGUUUUGGAGCGCCUCUCGUUUAAACAAGAUUCACUCACAUUCUGAUAGUGUACUGGGAAGUAGGUCCUAUCUGGACCUUUCUAGUUUCUUCCCAAGUCCUGACUUGGUGAAAGCUGAAAUGAAGUAACUCUUAGGGGGGAAAAUGAACUCUAAUUCAUACUGAAUCAUCUCAAAUGUAAAAGACCCCUCAACUCCCUGAGCUCUAUUGAUGUUGGAGAUUUCUAGUUCCCGACCUGUCUCUCUGCCUCUGCUGAAAACAAAACUAUUUUUGGAUUUCACAGUAUAUGUAAAAGUAACGAAAUUGUCAUCUUUCUAGAAACUUGGUUUUAUUGAAGCUGCUGGGAUGGAAAAUGGCAAAUUGAAUUUGCCUAACCCCAAAACAAGUGAAAUAUUUCAAUGAUGAGAGUAACUGUGUAUGAUUGUAUGUAUAUGUGUGGGGCUGUGCAGUAGGUAUGUGUAUAAGUGUCUAUUUAUUAAAAUACUUAGGUUGCAUGUUGCAAUAGUUUUCUGAAGGAGGCCUCCCUCGUUGCUCAGUGAAGACUACUAAAUGUGUUUGUAGUCAGCAGUUCCAAAAGUAUCUAAAAGUCCUAAGAACUGCCUUCCCUGUGACUUAAAUUCUGUAUCUUUACCUUUUAAAUUAUGUGUUAUCUUGCUUGUACCUUGGAUAUCCAGGUUCUCCUUUUCAUCUUCCAAUACCAAGUUCAUCCUUGAUGCUUCCAUUGGAAUCCAAUAGGUAGAGUGAAAUUAAACUUUGUAACCUACCAAAAUUAUCUAGAACAUGCUUAGAAUACUAAUGUGUAUAUAUAUAUAUAUAGUCUUUGACCCUGAAAUGUUAAUUCAGGCAGGCCACUUGUUGAUAUUGAAUACUGUUUAUACUCCUGGUUUCUUGGGAGGCAGAGGCAGGAGGAUCUCAAACUGAACAACUUUUAGUGAGCCCCUAUCUCAGAAUAACAAUUUGAAAGGUCUGGGAAUGUAGUUCAGUGGUAGAGCGUUUGCCUAGUGUAUGUGAGGCCCUAGGUUCAGUUCCUAAUAUCACCCCCUCCCCCCAAAAAACACCCUGUGGAUGGAGAAUUUGCACUGCACAUACGUAAGUUUUAUUCUUGUACAAUAUUUUGAUUUAUAUGCUUGUGAAUAAAAAAAGUGUGUAUUUGUAAAUACUGUUUUUUUUUAGGUUGAAUCAAUUAAGUCUUAAAACCUUAAAGCUUAUUGAGCUCAUUGCCGGUAGGUUUAAGAAAAUCAUGACCUCAAGUGCCCACCUGACAUUGAUUGUGCUUUUGUUUGAAACAUCCAUUAACGAAACAGCAAAUUUGCCUUAAGUUGUCUGUGUGGUUUAGGAAGCCAGUGGUUAUGUGUGCAGAGGACUAAACCAUCUGACAUAAACUUACCUCAGUAUGGUACACAGUAAUAGCAUGAAUCUCUUCUACAUGGUGGGAACUUUUUAAAAUUAUGUACCAGCAUUUCAACAUUACAAGUUGUUCAUCUGACUGAAUUUGAGUGUGAAGUGAAAAUUUUAUCAGAAAUUUUGAAAAGUCCUUUAUUACAUUCAAAUUGGAUCUUUUACAGUUUCAAAUAUAUAUAUAUAUAUAUAUUUUUACAGCUUAUACCUUAACACUUAUUGACCCAAUAAAUUUAUUAUCUUGCAUAUAUAAAA